UCAACAAUUAGCUGAGAAAGCAUACACCGCCCAUAUUGAAUAUGGCAGAAGAAAGGGCAAUUGCGCUUAAUGAUAAGAAUGACAAGUAUGGGAUAGUCAUUGAUUCCGGUUCAUCGGGAUCUCGUAUCCAGAUAUACAAGUGGUCCGAUCCCAAAACAUUACUUAAACUGAAAUCACAAUCUGUACUUCAAUCACCACCCAAGAUAAUCCAAGAACCUAAUUGGACUAAAAAGAUCUCGCCGGGUAUUUCUACAUAUAACACAAACCUGAAAAUCAAAGAGAUAUGGAGUAAGCAUUAUUCUGAGUUGAUGAAAUUCGCUGAGGGAAUAAUUCCUGCUGAUAAGCAUGGCGAGACUCCCGUGUUUGUAUUGAGUACUGCUGGUAUGAGACUAUUACCUAAAACUACUCAAAAUAAGAUAUUAAAAGAAACCUGUUCAAGCAUUAAGAAAAACACAAACUUUUAUUUACCAGAUUGUAGCAAUUUUGUGCAGAUCAUUGACGGAUCAACAGAAGGUAUAUACGGAUGGCUAGGCCUAAAUUACUUAAUGGGGCAGUUUAAUAAUUAUGAUGAAACCUUGAAAUCCCACCAAUCUAUUGGUUUCAUGGACAUGGGAGGCGCCUCAACUCAAAUUGCCUUUGUUCCUUCAUCACCAGAACAAAUCAAGAAACAUGCCGAAGAUUUAGCAAAAGUCACCUUGAGAAAUGUCAAUGGACAAACUCAGUCCUGGGAUGUGUUUGUAGCCACAUGGUUGGGAUUUGGAGCUAACGAAGCAAGAAAGAGAUUCUUGAACCAGUUAAUUAACUUGUCGAUUGUCAAUGAGCAAACUAGCAACGAAAUUAACGAUCCCUGUUUGCCCAAAGGUGCAACUGCCGAGUAUGGCCUUGAUGGAAAACGAUACAAGAUUGUUGGGGUCGGGAAUUAUGAAAUGUGUACUAGAACAAUAUAUCCAUUGUUAAUGAAGGCAAUUCCCUGUCAAGAUGAGCCUUGUUUGUUUAAUGGGAUUCAUGGACCUAAACUUAAUUUCGAGAAGGAUAAGUUUAUUGGGAUUUCCGAAUAUUGGUAUACUGCCAAUGAUAUUUUCCAAAGUGGGGGUGAAUAUAAUUUCAAGAUUUUUAACCAGAAGGUCAAGGAAUAUUGUGAAAGUGAUUGGGGACAAAUCUUGAAAAAUUCUGAAGCGGGACAAUACUCAAAUCUCGAUCCGGAUAAGUUUUUGAAGGAUGCCUGUUUUAAAGCCAACUGGGUUAUGAAUAUAUUGCAUGAUGGAUUUGAUUUGCCAAGAUUGGGAUUUGAAGAAGAAGUCAAAAGAGCUACCGUUAAAGACCAUGAUAUUACUAAAGUACCUGUUCCUUUUAAAUCUGCAAAUUCUAUAGAAGGUGAAGAAUUAUCAUGGACAUUGGGUAAGAUCUUACUCUUUGCCACUUCUCAAAUACCACCAGCAGAUUCAAAGGAUUCUCUAGAAAUAGGUAUUUACCCCAGCGAAAUUUCCCGGAAGUCUUUUGUCCCUGGAGGUAUCAGUUCCAAGAGUUCAUCCAGUGAUUAUGAUAGUGAUGAUGAUGAUGAGAGUGGAUAUGGUAGUUUGAUCUACUCAAUUAUAUUUGUAUUAUUGUUGUUGUUCUUUUUGUAUCAUUUUGGGAGAUCGCAUUUUGGAAAAUGGGGAUACAAGCUUCGGAGAUUGCACAUGCCUAUCUCAGUUCGUAAACUGAUAAACUCCAUAAGUUCCAAAAUCCCUUAUAUUGGUGACUAUUUACGAAACUGGACAUCAUAUGAAGAAAUUGAGCAAAUAAACUUGGAGGAAGGGUUAGGAGACUCCUCACAAAAGCCAGUUAAGCCACAAUCAGAAGCAAAUCAACACGCUUCUAUAUUAAGAACUCGACUGGCUCUUGCUUUAAAUGAAGAACUGGAACAAGACCAGAAUAAUACUAGAGUACCUAAUUUUAUGAACAAACCAUUCAUAACUAAGAAUGGCAACGGAUUGUUUUCUGAAAGUAGAGAAUCACUUCCGAGAUUAUCUAGUAGUUCAUCACUCCCAAGAGCAAAGAGUGCUAUGGAUUAG